UUAGUGCAAACGCCGUGAGGAUGGAACCCAGAACCUACUCCUACUCGUCCGCCAGUUUCUACGUGAUCGUUGAGCCUUCCGUCAUUGAUGACGGCCAACUUCGCAUGCCAGAUCCCUUUGUCCAGGAACAUGGAGAUGAACUCCUUGACACUGUCAAGCUUAUUGUUCCGACUGAUGAUUUUUGGUGUGUGAGUGUGAAGAAGUCUGGUAAAAUGAUUUGGCUUCAUGAUAGUUGGCGAGAAUUUAUGGAACAUCAUUCUAUCGGGCGUUGGUACUUUUUACUCUUCAAAUAUGGGAAGAACUCACAUUUCAAUGUUCACAUAUUUGACCUCAACGCUACUGAGAUUGAUUAUCAAUGUAAGGAUCAUGGUAAUGCUAAAUUAGGUGCCAUUAGUCAGAGCCUGUCUUACGGGAAGGAAAUAAUCUGCUGCGUUGGUGAUGAUAAAGAGGACGAAAGCUCUGUUGAAAUUGUGGAUCCCUUGGAAACUGAGCAAGGACCAGAGAGUUCAGCUAAGUCAUCUAGAGCCAAAAGAUGUAAAAUUUUACCUAGGAGUAAAUUUCGGCAUUUCUAUGAUACAAGAAGCAGAACAAACAAAUUGCAUGACGAGGGACGGGUAUUAAAUAAGAAGAAUUUAAACAUAUCGGGCGGUAGCAAUUUAACUAAGCCACUUGUGGGGAAAUUAGUUCAGCAAAAUAUGGAUACUCCUAUAUAUUCUGCAGUGGUAACUGGAGGUGUGACUAAUCAAGAUGAUGCACAAGUGGGAAGUAAAAACGAUAUACUUCAGCUCAAUGAAAGUAAGCAUAAGAUACACUUGGACCAGUAUAUUCAAAUAGAACCAACUGCAGAUACAAGGAAAUCAUUCACUGGCCAACAAUGGGAGAAAUCUGUAAGGCGUGGAAGGCCUCACAAACGAGGACGAGCAAAAGCAACAGAAACGAACAGGGCCAUUAAUGCCGCCAAAAUGUUCAAGCCGGAAAAUCCUUACUUCAUGCAGAUUCUUUUAGAAUAUAACGUAGUACGGAACCGUAUUCUGAACAUACCAGCUGAUUUUGUCCGAGAGUAUAUGCCAAAGACUUCAGAACUAAUUGAACUUCAAGAUUCUGCUGGAAAUAAGUGGAAAGCUCGUUGCAUUAGGAGGAAAAUGCAUCUGUUUUUAAGCGAAGGAUGGUUUAAAUUUGUCAGGGAUAAUGGUUUAUUGGUAGGAGAUGCUUGUGUCUUUGAGUUGAUCAAGGACCUUCAGACUGAUGAACUUAUGCUGAAGGUGCACAUAUUUCGCUCUAGGGUGGAAGAAAAUUCAACAAACUUACACACUUGUAGCGUAUCUGAACCAACACUUUCUAUUGGAAGAAACUGUAUUCAGUUCAACGAAAGUAAGCAUACGGAGACUUCAGAUGCAUUCGGACCUGUAUCUUCAAAUAGAAGCAAUUGCAAGAACGAUACAAAGACAUCAUUCACCAGCCAGCAACAGGAGAAAUCUAUAGGGCGGGGAAGGCCUUAUAAUCCUCGCAAAAGAGGGCGACCAAGGGCUGCAGAAGCAAACAUGGCCAUUAAUGCUGCCAAAAUGUUAAUGCCAGCAAAUCCUUACUUCGUGACGACUCUUGGAGUAUAUAAUGUAGUACGGAACUAUAUUCUGUAUAUACCACCUGAAUUUGUUCAAGAUUAUAUGCCAAAGACUUCAGUACCAGUUGAACUUCAAGAUCCUGAUGGCAAUAAGUGGAAUACACAUUGCGUUAGGAGGAAAACUAUGAUGUUUCUAAGCAAAGGAUGGGUGAAAUUUGUUAGAGAUAAUGAUUUACUGGUAGGAGAUACUUGUGUCUUUGAGUUGAUCAACGACAUUCGGGCUGAUGAACUUAUGUUGAAGGUGCAUAUAUUUCGUGCUACACGGAAGAAAACUCAACAAAUUGACACACUUGUAGCUAUCUGAACAAAUACUCUCUAUCUGUCAUUUCUGUAUAAUGGUCUUCUUCCUCUUUUUUCCAAUUGGAGCCUUGGAAAUCUAGCUGUUAACAUGUCCAUAGUCGAAAUGCAGAGGUUAUUUUCUUGAUGUUCUUUCUGCCCCCUUUUUUUGUGCAUCUUUUUUCUCUCAUUUUUUCCAUUAUUCAACAACCAAGGUUCUCUCUACUUCUUCACUACUAGUAUAGUCUUCACGGAG